GGUUUUAAUUGUAAAUUUGCAAACAUUUUACGCAAACUAAAAAACACCUUAAGGCAGCGCAAGAACAAGUCACGCCAGAAGCAGCAGCAGCGGCAGCAGGAGCAGCAGGCGCAACAAGAAUCGGCAGACCGAGAUUCGGCGAGAAAAAGUCGCCUUCUGGCGGCCACGGACGCGGAAAUGGAGAGCAAUCUCAAUCGCAUGAUUAACCAGACGCUGCGCCAUCAGCUGAGUGGCCAGCUGAGCAAAUAUACGAAUGUGAUGAAGGGCUGGCAGUAUCGCUGGUUCACUGUGGACGCCAAGACGGGCUUCCUUAGCUACUACCUGUGCGACUCCUCUGCCGUUGGCGACGACAUUGCCCCCUCGCCCCAUGUCCUGGCGAGUGCCCCCCGCGGACAGGUCCAGCUGGCUGGCGCCGUGGUCUACCCCAGCGACGAGGACUCUCGCACGUUUUCCAUUGCCUGCGCCUCGGGGGACACGGUGAAGCUGCGGGCCAACGAUGCGCGGGCGCGUCAGGAAUGGGUGGACGGCCUCCGGGCGGUGGUUGAGAGCCACACGAAGGCCAUGGACAUCAGCAAUUCGUCGCCACUGCCGCCACGGGAGCUGCUGGCAGCCUCCGAUGCGAUGGUUUCGGCCCGUCAGGCGCUGUUCCUCACAGAGCAAUGCAAUGCCUCUUUGGCCAGGGCCAUUGAGAGCAUCGAUUGUGCUUCCUUUACGCCCACUGAUCCCGAUCUGCUGCUGCUGAAGGCCAUCUCCACAGCCAGCACUCAGUGCCUGCACCAGUGUUUGGGCCUCCUGCAGCGCCACCAGGAGAUGAAUCAGCCUUCGUCAGAGCCCAUUAUGCUCUAGGAGGAUGCGGUGUGAAGCCCGCUCUAGAGGAGGAGAAGCACCUGCCCUAGACAGGAGUGGACCCAGCUCUAGGAGGAUGAGGCAUGGCAUCCUUCAUCGCAUACACUAUUAUCCAGUAUUCCAAGUAUCUGAAAAGCAAUAAAGCAGCGUCGCCGAAUCGCAUUCGUGUGGAAUGCGUUCUGUUGGCAAGCAAAAAUGAGAAGACGA